AUGGGACUCGUGACAGCGACCACGUUGGCCGUAAAGGGCGCCACGAUUCUUCUCGGGAAAGUGGCCAUUAUUCCCAUUCUGAUCGCAGCCCUAGCCUACUUUAACUACGAUCUGAUGGAUCCAGAGAAUCAGCCGCAGGUGACCAAGAGUCUACGAAGGGAAUACGAUUUCGUGGUGGUCGGUGGUGGUUCGGCCGGAAGCGUGGUCGUCAAUCGGCUCACGGAGAAUCCAGAAUGGACCGUGUUGCUGUUGGAGGCGGGGGGACACGAGACGGAAAUUACGGACGUGCCGAUACUGUCAAUUUAUUUGCACAAGAGCAAAGUGGACUGGAAGUAUAGGACGCAGCCGCAGGACUCGGCGUGUCAGGCGAUGGUCGAUCAUCGGUGUUGCUGGACCAGGGGGAAGGUUCUCGGUGGUUCAAGUGUGCUCAACACGAUGCUCUACAUUCGAGGAAAUCGUCGUGAUUUCGACCAAUGGGAAAGCUUCGGAAAUUACGGUUGGGGCUAUGACAAUGUCCUGCCUUACUUUAAGAAAUCCGAGGACCAAAGGAAUCCCUAUUUAGCUCGUAACACCAAAUAUCAUAACACUGGUGGUUACCUGACCGUGCAAGACGCGCCGUACAACACACCAUUGGGGGUGGCUUUCCUACAAGCCGGCGAGGAAAUGGGCUACGAGCUGGUCGACGUGAACGGCGAACAACAGACGGGUUUCGCGUUCUACCAGUACACGAUGCGAAGGGGAACAAGAUGCAGCACAGGGAAGGCGUUCGUCCGGCCGAUCCAGUUACGGAAGAACUUCCACCUGUCUCUAUGGAGCCAUGUGACGCGUAUUCUGAUCGAUCCCCGGACCAAACGGGCCUACGGUGUGGAGUUCAUCAGGGAUGGUCGCAAAGAGGUGGUGUACGCGAAGAAAGAAGUGAUACUCGCGGCUGGCGCCAUAAAUUCGCCGCAGCUUCUGAUGCUGUCUGGUAUAGGUCCUCGGGCACACCUGGAACAGGUGAGGAUCCCAGUGAUCCAAGACUCGCCAGGUGUAGGCCAGAAUCUGCAGGACCACAUCGCGGUAGGUGGUCUACUGACCUCUAACGUCGGUUUAGAGGCUGUAGGAUUCAUAUCCACGAAGUACGCGAACAAGAGCGACGACUGGCCAGACAUCGAGUUUAUGUUGACCUCCUCAUCCACCAGCUCAGACGGUGGUACACACGUGAAGAACGCACAUGGACUGACCGAUGAGUUCUACAACGAGGUCUUCGGUAAAAUCAAUAACCGUGAUGUGUUCGGCGUGUUCCCUAUGAUGCUAAGACCAAAGUCUCGCGGCGUCGUCAAGCUCAGAUCGAAGAAUCCGUUGGAUUAUCCGCUACUCUAUCAUAACUAUCUGACCCAUCCGGAUGAUGUUCGGGUUCUAAGGGAGGGCGUCAAAGCUGCGAUAGCUUUUGGCGAAACGAGCAGCAUGAAACGUUUCGGCGCCAGGUUUCACAGUAAGCCUGUGCCGAACUGCAAACACCUGCCGUUGUUCACGGACGAGUACUGGGACUGCGCGAUCCGACAGUACACCAUGACGAUUUAUCAUAUGAGCUGCACCGCCAAAAUGGGUCCACGGACCGAUCCUAUGGCCGUUGUCGAUCCGGAAUUGAGGGUACACGGGAUCGAUGGUCUCAGGGUUAUCGACGCGUCGAUCAUGCCCACGAUCACCAACGGCAACAUCAAUGCGCCUGUGAUCAUGAUCGGGGAGAAAGGCGCAGAUAUGAUUAAGAAACAGUGGCUGUCGCGUCGGAAGAGGGACAACGCAACGAUCGCUGGCUCCUGA